GCCGCGGUUUCCGUUUCCGCCCGGCCGGCUCCUCCGGCGCUCCCGGAAGCUGCCCUCGCCGCCCGGGUAACGGGCCCGGCGGCGGCGGCGGCGGCGGCGCCGUCGUCAUGGACCUGGAGGAGGCGAGAGAGUUUAAAGAAAGAUGCACUCAGUGUGCUGCCAUCUCUUGGGGUCUUACUGAUGAAGGCAAAUAUUACUGUACUUCUUGCCACAACGUCACAGAAAGAUCUAAGGAAGUCAUAAACACUGAGGCUAUCCCUAAUACUAAAAUACAAGCCAUCAGCCGGGGACUUAAAAGAAAAAGAAAACCUGAGAAAGGCUGGGAUUGGUAUGUGUGUGAAGGUUUUCAGCAGAUACUUUAUCAACAAGCAGAAGCCUUAAAGACCCUUGGAGUAGACCCAGAAUUAAAGGAUGAAGUUUUACAUAAUUUUUGGAAGCGCUACCUUCAGAAGAGCAAGCAGGCAUAUUGUAAAAACCCAGUUUAUACCAGUGGAAGAAAAGCUACGGUAUUAGAAGAUAACCCAAGUCAUUCAGACUGGGAUAGUGAGCCUGACCUGCUGAGUGACUUUAGCUGCCGUUCUUUUGUUGAAAGUGGAACAGACUCUCAGCCUGAUGGCCGCACUCAGAAGCCUUUCCCCAUCAGCAAAGCAUCACAAUCAGAAACAGCAUCCAUCCGUUCUGGAUCUCUCGACGGAGUCGAAUAUUCACUACGAAAGGAGAAGGGAAUCGUGAAGAUGACGGUGCCAAGGACACUUGCUUUCUGCCAUCUGUCAUUACUGUGGCAGAGAGAAACAAUUACUCUUUCAGAUCUUUUGAGAUUCGUUGAAGAGGGCCAUAUUCCUUACUUAAAUGCUUUUCAGCAUUUUCCAGAAGAGAUGAAAUUAUAUGGGCGUGACAAAGGAAUCUUUGCUAUAGAGUCUUGGCCUGCCUAUGAGGAUAUCUAUAAAAAAAUGAUUGAAAUUGCCAAAUUCUUAGAUUUGCCACGUUUUCCAGACAUAACUGAAGACUGCUAUCUUCAUCCAAACAUCUUGUGUAUGAAAUACUUGAUGGAAGUCAAUCUCCCUGAUGAAAUGAAUGAUUUAACCUGCCAAGUGGUAAAAAUGACUGGAAUAGGAGAAGUGGAUUUUCUGACAUUUGAUCCCAUAGCUAAAAUGGCAAAAACAGUUAAAUAUGAUGUGCAAGCUGUCGCUGUCAUUGUAGUAGUAUUGAAACUGCUCUUUUUAUUGGAUGACAAUUUAGAAUGGACUUUGUCUAAUAUUGCUGAGAAAUACAAUGAAAAGAACAAAGAAGAUAAACCCUGGUUUGAUUUCAGAAAAUGGUACCAAGUGAUGAAGAAAUCUGUUGAUGAGAAAAAACAAAAGUGGGAGGAAGCCAGGGCAAAGUAUAUGUGGAAAAGCGAAAAGCCACUCUACCACUCAUCCGUUGACAGAGCAGUGGUAUAUAAAAGAAGAGAAAUGGUGGUGAGUCUACAAAAACAAUUUAGCACACUGGUUGAUUCAGCACCAACUGUUGAAAAGAAAAGUCCUUCAAGUUUUCAGUUCAACUGGACUGAAGGAGACUCUGCUAGAACCUGUUUCCAUGGACAUGGCCUCCAGGGGAUCCUGAAGAAGAAAGACCAGUCACUGACAACCAAGAAUUCACUAUAUUGGCUUAGUACACAGAAAUUCUGUAGAAGCUAUUGUAAACAUGUGACAACCUAUGAAGAAUCUAAUUUUUCUCUGAGUUAUCAGUUCAUAAUAAAUCUCUUCUCCUUCCUGCUGAGAAUAAAGACCUCUUCCCUCCAUGAAGAAGUGAGCUUAAUUGAAAAGAGACUUUUUAAAUCAAAAUAUAGUAAAACGAAAAAGAAAUCAAGAUCCAGGAAAGGGAGAAAAUACUGAGAAAAAUGAAAUAGAAACUUUCUUGGGAAAAUAUUUUAAUAGUGAUACUAAUGUCAAAUUAUAAUAUUCCAGAGAAUUAUGGGAAAUAGAAUUUGAUUAUAUAUCCACACAUACAUAGAUACAUAUAUAUGUAUCAAAUGUGCUUAUAAAAAUGUGUAUUGGAAAAUAAGUGAAUUGUGUUUGAAUUUAUUUUUUAAAUUAUGAAUAUUCUUUGAGAAGAUUAAACAGUAAGUUUUAUAAAUGGUAUCCAGAAAUUUGUAUUCAUUGUAUUUUAAAGCUAAAUUUGCUUUUUUUUUUUUUUUAGGCUAAAUUUGCUUUUAAACUAGAUCACUUCCUUAUUCUUUAUGCCCCAAAGGAAAUCCCAGAUGGAUCAAAGAUCUAAACAGCAUAAUCUUUUACAUAUACAUAUAUUACAGUACUAGAAGAAAACAAGUAUGGCUGCUUUGAUGAUCUUGGAACAGGGAAGGACUUUCCAAACAUUCCCCAAAACCAGAAGCCAAAAGGGAAAAAUUGGUAAUGUGACUGCAAAGUCACAGGCAAAUAGCAAGUAGGAAAAUAUAUUUGUAGCAUAUGACAGACAAAGGAAUAAUUUCUUUAAUGUAUCAAUAGCUCUUGCAAAGCAAUAGGAAAAAGACAGGCUGAGCCAGGAAUAUGAGAAGAUAGCUUUCUGGAAAAAAGAAAUACAAAGGCCAACCCCCCAAAAAUGAUAUAAAUUAAAAUAGGUUACCAAAGAUAUAUAAAGGUUUAUAAUAUCUGGUGAGGAUACUGGAAAAUCAGGCAUUCUUGUUCAGUUUAUUCAUGCAACAAACACUGAACAACUGUGUUCCAGGCAUAUUCUAGGCACUGGAGAUAUAGCAGUAAACAAGGUCCCUGCCUUUAAGGAUCUUCGGUUCUAAUAGGGUGGGGGCAGAUAGUCAACAAAUAUACAAUAGUGGGGCUGAUGAGGUGCAAUGAAGAAAAAGCAAGGUAAGGGUGAUAAGGUGGGCCUUUUUAUAAAAAGUGAUUGAGGAAGGCCCCUGGGAGGUGACCUUGAGCAGAGAUCAACCGGUAUGGAGCAAGCCAUGUUGCUUUCCAGGGGAAGGUUAUUCCAAGCAGAGGAAACAGGCAAAGGCUCUGAGGCAAGAGUAUGCUUGAUGGAGUCAAGGAAUAGCAAGUUGUUCAGGGCACCUGGAGUGUUAGGGUUGUAGGGGAGAGUAGUAACACAGGAAAUGGAAGAAUUUGCAUUCGGGGCCAUGGUAAGAACGUUGGCUUUUGUCCCAAGGGUGUCAUGGGAAGCCAUUAGAAAAUUUUGAGCAAAAGAAUGGUGUGAUCUGGGGCACCUGGGUGGCUCAGUCGGUUAAGCAUCUGCCUUCAGCUCAGGUCAUGAUCCCAGGGUGCUGGGAUCGAGCCCCACAUCGGGCUCCCUGCUCAGCGGAGAGCCUGCUUCUCCCACUCCCUCUGCUGUGUUCUCUCUCUCUCUCUCUCUGACAAAUAAAUAAAUAAAAUCUUAAAAAAAAAAUGGUGCGGGCGCCUGGGUGGCUCAGUUGGUUAAGUGACUGCCUUCGGCUCAGGUCAUGAUCCUGGAGUCCCGGGAUCGAGUCCCGCGUUGGUCUCCCUGCUCAGCGGGGAAUCUGCUUCUCCCUCUGACCCUCCCCCCCUCAUGCUCUCUCUCUCUAUCUCAUUCUCUCUCUCAAAUAAAUAAAUAAAAUCUUUAAAAAAAAAAUGGUGCAAUCAGACCUAUGUCAUAAAAGGACUACGUUGCUCUGUGGUGAAUAGAUUGCCGGGGGAAAUGGGCAGAGGUAGAGACCACAACAGAGACUACUCUUCUGGUUUGGUCAAGAGGUGGUGGUUUGGACUACAGAGAUUAUAGUGGAAGUGGUAGGAAGGGAUUAGAUCCCAGAUAUAGUUUACGUAUGAAAUAAUAAGAAUUUGGUGAUGGGUUGGUUGUAGGUGUGAGAAAUCAAAAUGCCCCGAUUUUUUUUCCCCUGUACCAUUUAUUAAGAUGGGGCUGCUUUAAUUUCCCCCUAUUCACCCUGUUUGUGAGGGAAGUUAACUGGGUUGGUUAUAUAUAGGGCUGUGGGAAUAGCCAAACACAGGGUACCCAAGAUUGAAUAGAUGAGAUUGACAGCAGCUAAUUAAUCACAUAUACUUACCACCUGGGAGAGGAUGCAGCACUCUAUGCAGGGCCAAUAGGGUCACAUUCGGGAACUGAGAACAACCAGGGACAGGGAGGCAGGCUUUGUAUCAGAGGGAUGGAGCAGCCCCUGGUUCCUGCACGAGGGUGUGAUUGGCUUAUUUGAAUAAUCCCAUGGGCAGACAGGAACUCCUCUGGUCCUCUUAAUAAGGUUAGGGGACCCUAUCCAUCGGAGCAGAGUGGGGAGGGGAAGUCAAAGUUAGGCCACUUUGGGGCCCUCCCCGUUUCACCAGAUGUCAAAGCAGCACAAGAUAAUCAGGCCUUAAUUUUAGGCUGUACACCACAGGGGAACUCAAAAGAGUGGUAUUGGGAAAUCAGUGUUAUUUGGGGCAUAUUGAGUUUGAGAUGCCUGUUAGACAUUGGAGAGACGUUGAAGUCUGAAGUUGGAGGGGCAGGGGUCUGGGGUAAGGUAAAUGUAGGAAACAUCAGAAUAUAAGUACUAUUUAAAAACCGUGAGGCCAGAUGGGACCUCCUAGAGAGUUUGUACAGAUAGAAGAGAGGUCUCCAUGGUUGCGGUUUGUGCUUCAGCAGCACAUGCCCUUCUACUCCUGGAUGGCAGAGGGUUUUUUUCAAUCAGGAAUUAAUGUUGGUUUGUUUUUGUUUUUGUUCUUUUGUUUUUUCAGAUGCUUUUCUUGCAUCUAUGAGAUGAUGGAAUGUUUUUUCUUUUUUAGCCAGUUAAUAUGGCUUUCAUACUAUGGUUAAUAGGAAAUUCAAUUGAGUUUCAAAUGUUAAACUGGCCUUGCAUUCCUAGGAUAAACCCCACUUGGUCAUGAUCUAUCAUCCUUUUCACAUAUUGUUGAAUGUGAUUUGCUGAAAUAUUAAGAAUUUUUGCAUCCAUGUUCAUAAGAAAUGUUGUUCUGUAUCUUUCUUUUACUCCAUUACCACAAGGAAGAUUUGUGGACAUUUCAGUAAAGAUAAUCCAAUUAAUA